AUGUCCCAAUUCGCCUGCUGGCAGAAAUGGCUCCAGCGCAAGAAGCACCAUUUUGAACUCUCCUUUGCUGUCUAUAUGAUGACGCCGGGCGAGAAGUUUGCCUUUUACAGCAUCUUCUUCCUCCUAACGGCCCUCACGUUUAUCGCCAUUAUCCUUUACCUACCGCAUCACAUUUCCUUCCUCGUCGGCCGGGCCUGGUACUACAUCAAUGGCGAGCAGAUUGACGUCGGGGAAGUGGUCAAGGAGAUGUCGUCCAGCGUGCUACAACCCGAGACAACCGGAUCCGAGGUCCUGACCACUGCCGGGGAAGAACUGCUCAGGGAGCUAUGA